AUGGCAGCCCUACUGUACCAGAUAUUGUCGUCCUCAGCACUGGUGUCACUGGGACUCUACCACAUGGUGGGCACCACCCGCAACCACCUCAAGUCACCACAGUCGUACGCCGCCAAGCCCUACCACCCCUUCCCUCUCUCCUCCUCUUCGUCUUCGUCUUCCAAUCAUCAUCGCCUCAGGUACUUGCAGCUCUACGCCGUCAUUGCCUUCCUCAUGGUUGCCGUCGCCCACCAGACCUUCACCUCUUUCGACGCCGAUCCACUCCUCAAGGGCCGUACCCCCGUCCACCGGUUCACCUCUCUGCAGUCCGCAGCCUCCCUCUUCCUGUUUCUGCUGCUUACACUAGCUCUGCUGCUCUCGGAGUGGGCUCCAUCUGUGCUGCCACUGCCCUCCGAUCUCGUCUUUGGCCUGGCUGCUGCCCUCUUCUACCUACAGUGCCUGGUCUCGUGGGGUGCCGCUUCGGUGCAGAUGUCGGAUCUGCAGGCCAAGUGUGACUCAGUGUCGGGUCGGAUCUCGGCAGUGGCGUCAGGGCUGUGCGUGGUGUUGGCAUGCCAGCCGAGGUUGUUUGUGGCGGAUGUGGGAUUGGGGGCGGCCAUGUGCCUGCAGGGGCUGUGGGUGUUGCAGACGGGGCUGUCGCUGUAUGUGGAGGCGUUCAUCCCGGAGGGCUGCCACAGGCUGCUGGAUGUGGUGAGCGGGGUCGAGGGUUCCACCAAAUGCGACCUCGACGAGUCCCGCUUCAGGGCCGUGGCCAUUCUGGAUUUGGUGUUCUUGGUCCAUGUCAUGUUCGUCUUGCUCAUUGUCAUGGUCACCUAUGCCGUCGUUUCCAAGUCCGUUGGCAUCCGCAGAUUGGGUUCUUACGAGGCCUUGCCCAACGCUGCUCCCUCCUCCGACCACAACAACCUCAUUCAGAUGAAAGCCUUGAGCGGCACCCAGGCUUAG